ACAAAUUCCAAUUUCCCUUUCCUAUCUUUCUUGUUUCCCCCUCCUAUCCAACCCACUUUGACUCACUUCACUUCACACGCCACACUUCUCUCGUUCAAAUCGUCUCCUUUUCUUUCCAUCCGAAUCGGAAUCGCCGACGACGGAAGAAAGAAAAUGGACUUCGAUUCAGCGAAGUCGUCGCUGGUCCGACUCCGAGCUUCCGCCAAUUCCUUCCUCUCCGAUGUCGAGCCGCUCGCCCUGCUUCUCGCCCCACUCCUCACUCUGUUAGUUGCUCGAGUAGUUCAAUCGUUUCUUCGUUGCGUUCACGAUAAUGGAGCCAAACCUCUGAUCGUUGGCUUCGUCAUGAGCUCCGUCAAGUUGGUGCCUGGCGUGAAGCGUUAUAUCGAUGCGGAGAAACAGAAGGUUGUUGACCAGAUGCAGUCUGGCACCAAAUCUAAGAGGGCGGGAUGGAUGUCGGAGUUGCCUAAAGAAGGGUUAGGGCCGGUAGUGAUCGAAAAGUUGAAAGAAGAGAAAGAUAAGGAUGUAGAUUGGCGGGGGAAAUGCUCGGGUACAGUUUACAUUGGUGGAACUGAAUCUGAGGGUCAUUUUGCUGUGAUAAAUGAGGCCUGCUCAAUGUUUGCACAUACAAAUCCAUUGCAUUUGGAUGUGUUUCCAAGUAUAGCUAGAUUUGAGGCAGAAGUUGUGGCAAUGACGGCUUCCCUGCUUGGAAGUAAAGAAACGUCUUCUGAAGGAGAAAUAUGUGGGAACAUGACAUCAGGUGGAACGGAGAGUAUUUUGCUGGCUAUGAAAACAUCUCGAGACUACAUGAAGGCUAAGAAGGGAAUUAGAAAACCUGAAAUGAUAAUACCUGUAUCAGCACACUCAGCUUAUGACAAGGCUGCUCAAUACUUUAACAUCAAGCUCUGGCGAGUUCCUGUAAAUAAAGAAUUUCAAGCAGAUGUUAAGGCUAUACGAAGGCUCAUUAACAGAAACACUAUUUUGAUUGUUGGAUCUGCCCCUGGGUUUCCUCAUGGCGUCAUCGAUCCCAUUGAGGAGCUUGGAGAAUUGGCUUCUAGCCGUGGAAUAUGUCUUCAUGUUGACCUUUGCCUCGGUGGAUUUGUGUUACCUUUUGCCCGUAUGCUUGGAUACCCAAUUCCAUCAUUCGACUUUACUGUUGAAGGAGUGACCUCAGUGUCAGUAGAUGUGCACAAGUACGGGCUGGCUCCUAAAGGAACGAGUGUAGUUCUGUACAGAAAUCAUGAAAUUAGAAAGCAUCAAUUUGUUGCUGUUACUGAGUGGUCGGGUGGCCUCUAUGUGUCUCCGACAGUUGCUGGAAGUAGGCCAGGAAGUUUGAUUGCUGGGGCUUGGGCAGCAAUGAUUUCUCUCGGCCUACAAGGUGAUGAAUGCAACACGUUUCAUUUCCCAGCAGGUGUUAGUCCAGAAUCCAGAUGUUUCAUCAGGCUGUGUUAUUUAUGUAUUCCAUUCUGCAGGGUACUUGGAGAAUACAAAAGCCAUAAUGGAGGUAUCAAAGCAAGUACAGAAGGGGUUCGUAUUAGUUCUGCUUCCACUUUUGAGCAUUUUCGCUUUCUCGAACAGCAAGUAGUACAAGAGAUCCCCGAGUUAUUCAUCAUUGGAAAACCAGAUAUGACGAUCGUGGCAUUUGGAUCCGAUCUCGUGGAUAUAUUCGAAGUCAACGACAUCAUGACGUCCAAAGGCUGGCAUCUUAAUGCAUUGCAGAGACCCAACAGUCUUCACAUCUGCCUUACCCUCCAACACGUAUCAAUCUACAAGGACUUCCUCGUCGAUCUGAAGGAAUCAGUAAACACUGUGAAAGCAAAUCCAGGUCCUAUAAAAGGAGGGCUCGCUCCAAUUUAUGGUGCUGCCGGGAAGAUGCCUGAUCGAGGGAUGGUUCAGGAUUUGUUGGUUGAUUACAUGGAUGGUACAUGUUAGGUCAUACCAUAGUUAUACUUUUCCCAAAAACUUCCCUACGCCAUAAAACUGCAACUUUAAAGACUUUGUUUCUUGUGAAUGGGUUGGUUUGUUGUAUUGUUGUGGAAUGUGUGAUUGAGCCAUUUGAUGCUGGACCUGCCUCUAAAUUGUGGACACACGGUGGGCAGCUUAGGCAUGUAUUAAAAAUGCUACAACAUUUGCAACCUUUAAGGAAGUCACUAAGAGUUCCUAAAACACCUGGUUACCUCGAAGUCUUUCACACUAGUUUUCUAGUCAAUUCCACACCUGGUUGUUAUGAUUUUACCAGACAAUAUCCUCUUUCUAAACACUUACUAUAUAACC